UGAUGAGAUUGUGACAGAAGGAAAAAAAAAGCUUCAUUUAUAGGGUUAGAGAGAGAGAGAGAGAGAGAGAGGUGAAUUAGGGGAUUUGUGGAAGAGGAGGAGUCCAUUUGGAGAAAAAGAUUGUUGUUUUAUCCGCCGGAUUCAUUCUGAAUCUUGAUUUCUCGGCGAGUCUCAUCUCCUUCUCCGGCGAAUUAUGCAAUAGGCACCUCUGAUGAGAUAUCUGAUUGGAUUUAUUCAUCUGGGUCAAGCUGAAACUCUGCAUCAAAAGGGGGGAAAUUUCAGUGAUGGACAGAAACAGAGAAGCCAGAAGAGCUAGUAUCGUCGGCUCCAAUGGCUUCAAUCGCCGCCGCCAUCGGACUAACAGUCUCAGAGACUCUCCAGAUGAAGAUACAGGUCCGGAGUUGCAGGAAUCCGUGAGGUUAAGAGAUCGAGUGAAGAAGGAUCGGGAUCGAGAGAGGGAGAGGGAUAGAGAGAGAGAAAGGGAGAGAGAGAGGGAAAGGGAGAGGGAUAGAGAGAGAGAUUUGAGAGAAAGGUCCAGCCGGAGUAAGAGGAGAAGAGGUGGAGACGAAACUUCAGAAGAGAGCGUCAAUGAUGAAGAAGACGACGAGGAUGAAGAUAACGCCGCUGGAGGCGUGAGAUUGUUGUCGCAGGCGGUCCCAAACCACCAUCACGGCGGCCAUAGCACUAGUAGUUUUAGUCAACCACAACAGAACAACAGUAACACUGUAAGCAGCAGCAAUCACCAUCUCCAACACAGAAAAAGCUUCCCUCCCGCUUCUUCAACGGCGGCCAAGAUUUCUAGAGUGCCGCCGGUUUGGAAAUCCGGCGAUGAAAUGAUCAGCGCCUCCGUUCCUAGAAAGGCACGUUCCGCUUCCACGAAGAGGUCUCACGAUUGGAUUUCAAUCAGCAGCAACAACAACAGCGGCGGCGGAGUUUCAGGUGGAGAACCGAAUCUCGGGAGCUCUCCGGCGAGACAAGGCGUCGGCGUUGGGACGGCGCCGACGCCGACGCCUUUGCCGGCGGCUCCUAUAUCUCCCUCUUCUUCCAAUGCCAUGAGAAAGAAGCUUAAGCAGACGGUGAACAACUCCGCUCCGAAGCUGAAGCCGCCUAAAGUGGCGGCUGCGGCUGCGGCUGCGUCGAAGCCGAGCUCUUCGAAUCCGGAAGAGUUGGAGAUUGAAAUCGCCGAGGUGUUGUACGGCUUGAUGACUCAGUCACAAGCCCCUUCAUCCAAGAAGGAGGAGUCGAGAGAAAUCAACAGAUUGAGCAGCGAUGUGAAAUCACAUAAUUCAUCGACGAUUUCUAAUUCUACUUCGGCCAAUAAUCCCAAUUUGGGUGCCAAUUCUGGGCCCCUUUCAGCCGUCCCUCCAAAGAGAAAGAGGCCGCGGCAGAUACCUGAAAACUCGUGCUACGGCGUUCGGAGCAGCCCCGUUCCGGCUAAGCUUGAAGCGGAUCCGACGCCGAAGAGCGAGAUUUCAUCUCUAACUACGGAAAAAUCGGGGUCCAUAGCUGAAAAUGUGUAUGAAGCGGCUGCCGAUUUGGUCGAUCCACAGAUGCAAGCGGCGGCGGAGCCGGCUGCGCCGAAGGCGGAUGGAUCAGUGUCGGAGAUGAAGCCUGUCUCUGAAGAAUUAACGGAGAUCAAGGAUUCGGUUGGGAAGGAAGAGUUGAAGUUGCCGAAAGAGAAAGAUUCUCCGGCGGUGAGAGCGGAGGUUAGCAAAAACGGAGAUUCACCAGCGGCGGCGGCGCCUACUAAAACCAAUUCUACGGCAAUGGAGUUGGAGAAUGGGAAGGAAGAGAAAUUUGAAAUAGAUCUGAUGGCGCCGCCGCCACAAGCUAAACCUUCUCCGGAAAAAGAAGGAAAGAUCGAUUUGAGGGAUUCGCCAGUGGAACAGAAGCCGGUUGUUCAGGUCACUGAUGCUAACUCAAGAGAUCAAGCCGACGAAAAUUGCAAAAGUGGAAGUGGGAGGGAUGAAGAAAAGAAGCUUCUAAAAGAAGCCGAAUCGAAGGAGAGGUUUCAUCUCGAUUUGGAAAAGUCUGAAAGGGACAUUGGCCACGGAGAUGGAGUUACUGCAGCAAACAAAUCGCAGUCAGCGUUGAAGCCCACAGAGAAAUCUGGUCAUUCAACAAGCUCUUUACCGCUGCCAAUGUCAAUGGGAAACUGGCCUGGUGGGCUUCCUCCGGUGGGCAGAUAUAUGGCCCCAUUGCAAGGAGUUGUAUCGAUGGAGGGUGGUCCAGUUGCUCCUCCACAUAUUCAGUCGAUGUUCACUCAGCCCCGACCAAAACGCUGUGCUACACAUUGCCACAUUGCUAGGAACAUACAUUACCUCCAGCAGUUCAUGAAGAUGAACCCCUUCUGGCCUGGACCUGCUGGCUCGGCUUCUUUAUUUGGGUCGAAGCCUUGCAAUCUUAAUGUCAUACCCGGGCUGGAGUUGCACGGCAAUGUUGCUGUUAGAGGCGCGCAGGAUAAGGCCCAGAACGUCCCCAAUCAUGUUGGGAAGGAGAAGGGUUCUCAACCAGCCAGUACGUCUGAUUCUGCUCAGAGAAAACAACAGAUUCUAAUCCAGCAAGCGUUGCCUCCCGUCGCUCCUAGUAAUAUGCUGGGGCCUACUUUCAUCUUCCCCUUGAACCAGCAGCAGUCAGCUGCCCCACGGCCUAGUGGUGCGAAAUCUCCGGCUGCUGGGGUUUCGUCCAACACUGGUGGCUCUGGUGUUACGAAUUCCACUUCAGCAGCUGCAGUGAGUUUCAACUACCCGAAUAUGCCUUCUAGCGAGACACAGUAUUUGGCGAUCCUACAGAACAACGGGUACCCGUUUCCCAUACCGGCUGCUGCUGUAGGGGGACCCCCGAAUUAUAGGGGCACACCAGCCCAGGCACUGCCUUUGUUCAAUGGUUCAUUCUAUUCUUCACAGAUGAUUCACCCUUCACAACUUCAGCACGCUCAGCCACCAUCCAUCCAGACACAGUUGAUGCAAGCCCACCAAAAUGCAAGCCCAUCUAGUGGUGGUUCCUCGAAUUCACAGAAGCAUUUGCAGGGCCAGCAUCCGAGAACGCAAACUGGUGCUGGCAUCUCCAGUGGUUCUGGAACUGCUAGCUUGCAAAACAUGUCAUCCCUGAAAUCACAGCCAUCCCAGCAACAGUUGCAACAGAGUCACACUCAGUAUGUGCACCAAUCACGGGCAAGACACCUUGAGGGAGAACCCAGUAGGGAAGACAGCCCAUCAACCACUGAUAGCCGGGGGUCUCGAGCCUCGAUGAAUAUCUAUGGCCAGAAUUUUGCGAAUUUUGGGUUGAUGACUCAUCCAGCCACUUUGGCUGGUGCUGGGGGUGGCGCUGCUAGUGCUACCAGCGCGAGUAGUAAUCAUGCUGACAAGAAAGGACAUCCGCCGCAGCAGGUAUCAAAGACAGGACCGGAGUCAUUGCCUGCAAGUCAUAGCUUCGCGAUGAGUUUUGGUACUAUCAAUGGAACUAGUGGUGGCCCAGGCAUCGAUAUGGCAUCUGUGGCUCAGAAUCACGCCAUGUUUCAGAGCUCCUCAGAAGCCACGCGACAGAAUAUCCAGUUGAUGGCUGCUGCUCAGGCUGCACAAAAGAAGACCAUCCGAAUCUCUGAUGAUACUAAAUCUGGCGGUGUAGAUUCCAAUACCACAGAAGACGAACGCAAGAUCUUGACGGGAAAGGCUAUGGGUGUUGGUGGGCAGCAGUCCAUUGCAUUUGCAAGGUCGGACUUGUCUGAUGGGCAUGUUUCGUCAAUACAGACGAAUGUGAUUGAGAGCUCCACACGGUCUCUAAAUGCUUCAUCUGGUGCAUCUCGCAGCUCCCGUUCUAAUGCCGUGAAUGUUCAGAAUGCUCACAGCAUUCAAGUUCAACUUCAGCAACAGCAAACACUGCAGCUCAAGCAGCAGCAGCUACAACAACAGCAACAGCAGCAACACCAACAACAACAGCAACAGCAUCAGCACCAACAACUGCAACAGCAACAACAGCAGCAACAACAGCUGCAGCAGCAAUUGCAGCAACACAUGGCAGCAAAUUCAGUUAGUCUGCAGCAGCACAUGACAGCAAAUGCAGUUAGUCGACCGCAGCAUUUCAAUUCAUCUUCAGCCAUGGGUUUGAAGUUUCCGAGUGGCCUCUCCGGUUUCCCAACAAAUCUUGUAAAGAGCAACAGCAGCAGCCCAUCUCAGUCCCCUCAAUGGAAAGGCCCCGGUAGAACUUCAACCUCCCAAACCCCUUCUGUAACCACGACCACGCUGAAAAACCUUCCCCAGCAGCAUGCUCGGACUCAAUCCCCGAUGCACACUCAAAUAUCCUUUGGAGGGAAUCAGAAACCAUCAACAGGCUCACAAGGUCAAGCGCAUCCCAGCAACAACCAGACUUCGUCUUCGCCUAUGAUGGUAGGCUCUCCCACGACCUCUUCCGUCUCCAAAGGAGCCAGUGGGAGCCCUAGAACAACUUCAUCUGCUUCUACAAACAACAAAACGGGAACGGGUCAUGCUUCGUCCUUGUCAACACAGCCAACCAAGAACCCACCAUCCGUUUCUAACCAGAAGUCUCCAUCAAUUCUGGGAAACCUUCAUGUAGCUUCAGCCUCUUCUGGCAGCGUACAGAAACCUCAAAUGCAACACCAGUCUCAGCAACAGAUGCCUAAAACAAUGCAGCAACAGUUGUUCUUCUCAAAUCCGUAUACUCAAUCCCAAUCUCAACAUUCUGCCAGUAAAAGCUCGUCCACACCCAGUGCCAGCGGAUAUUAUAUGCCACGAAGACAGACAGACCAACACCAGCAGUCACCGGGUGCUCCGGUGACAUCGGCUGGGAGUUUAUCUUUAUGCACUCCUGUCACACUGGGUGGUGCAAACACGAAUGAUCCAGCUACAGCAAUUGCAGCAGCCACUGCUAAUGCAAAGGGUGGCGGAUUGCCUUCCCAGGGAAUAAUCAAUGCACCGCAGUUUGCCUCGCAGGCUGCUGGGAACCUUUUGCCUGCUGGCUUUUCUUAUGCGCAUCCCGUUCCAGCUGCUGUUCAGGUGAAGCCUACUGAGCAGAAACAACCUGCUGGAAAUGACAAUUUAAAUCCAUGGCAGCCUGAGAAAAAAUGAAAGAUGAAGAAGAAGCUGCGAGUCUCAGGAGAGAGGGAAAGUUGGGACAGGCAUAUGCUGGAACAAUGAGGAGGACGAGGACAUUUGAACAAGGGAGAAGAGAAGAUGGGCGGAGCUCCUACUGCGUGCACGCCCUGUCAUUCGACAGGUAAACAUGCUAAAUAUGAAACUGGGAACGUCAGUGGGUUUGAAAGGGGGCGGGGGAGAAUUGAUCAAUUUUUGGUGAUGGAGAAGAACAAAGUUUAGAUGUUAGAAGACUGUGAGGAGCUUAGCCUCUUGUUUUUGGUUAGAAUAGUGGAGGUUCUUUGAUCAUAUUUUGUAUCUUCCUCACUCUCCUGCUUGGGAAUAUAUUUUCCCAGGAAAAAAAGAGAAAUGAAAGAUUAUUCUGAAAAGGAAAAAGAAAAAAAAGGAAAGAUUAUGGUUUUUGACAUGUAUGUAAUGGAUAUGGAGGGCUUGCUUAUGGCAGCAGUUGUAUAAGAUUAGCCUUCAUGCGUUC